AUGCAGCCCAUUGACUCUGGUCCACAAUACAACAGGUCAGAGAGUCACCCUGCUCCAACCUACAACAGGUCAGAGAGUCACCCUGCUCCAACCUACAACAGGUCAGAGAGUCACCCUGCUCCACACUACAACAGGUCAGACAGUCACUCUGCUCCAACCUACAACAGGUCAGAGAGUCACUCUGCUCCAACCUACAACAGGUCAGAGAGUCACCCUGCUCCAACCUACAACAGGUCAGACAGUCACUCUGCUCCACACUACAACAGGUCAGACAGUCACUCUGCUCCAACCUACAACAGGUCAGACAGUCACUCUGCUCCACACUACAACAGGUCAGACAGUCACUCUGCUCCAACCUACAACAGGUCAGACAGUCACUCUGCUCCACACUACAACAGGUCAGAGAGUCACUCUGCUCCAACCUACAACAGGUCAGACAGUCACUCUGCUCCAACCUACAACAGGUCAGAGAGUCACUCUGCUCCACACUACAACAGGUCAGACAGUCACUCUGCUCCAACCUACAACAGGUCAGAGAGUCACUCUGCUCCACACUACAACAGGUCAGAGAGUCACUCUGCUCCAACCUACAACAGGUCAGACAGUCACUCUGCUCCACACUACAACAGGUCAGAGAGUCACUCUGCUCCAACCUACAACAGGUCAGACAGUCACUCUGCUCCACAAUACAACAGGUCAGAGAGUCACUCUGCUCCAACCUACAACAGGUCAGACAGUCACUCUGCUCCACACUACAACAGGUCAGACAGCCACUCUGCUCCAACCUACAACAGGUCAGACAGUCACUCUGCUCCAACCUACAACAGGUCAGACAGUCACUCUGCUCCAACCUACAACAGGUCAGACAGUCACUCUGCUCCACACUACAACAGGUCAGACAGUCACUCUGCUCCACACUACAACAGGUCAGACAGUCACUCUGCUCCAACCUACAACAGGUCAGACAGUCACUCUGCUCCAACCUACAACAGGUCAGACAGUCACUCUACUCCAACCUACAACAGGUGA